GGAAAUGUUACCUACUAAAAAUGUUUAGAUUUCGUAACGAUCGCCUGUAUUUCUUCAUAUAAUUAUAAUUUCACAGGUGUUUGUAGAUACUUCAACAAUUUAUAUAAUGUGCGAAGGCUUUCUGUAUAUAAAAGUAAAUAAUACAAUUUCAUGAACAUAACUGACAACAUACUUAUUACACCGUCUGUCACUUUGCUGUAAUUUGUAUGAAUGUCUGUGACCGACUUUAUCAAUUUGUUGGCGAAAAUGUCAAGUGAAACGGGAGAAACAGAAAUUUUAUUCCAAUAAAUUUAUUUAUUUACCUCAAGCGAUACUAUUUUAUAGAAAAGAUGAAUGUGACACUAACGAGUUUGGAAGCUCUCAUAUUAAAAGCGACCCACGAAAGUCUGCCUUGUCCGGACGCGGCGGCUCUCGAAGCGUUCUGCACGAUCACGCGAGACUCUGCGGAGGGCCCGCAGCUGGCGGCGCAGGCCCUCGCCAAUCGCAUCCACUCACUGAACGCUCGAGAGGCUCUGCUGGCGCUGGUCAUGAUUGAUCGGUGCAUGCGACGUUGCGAUGCUAAUUUCCACGCGGAAGUUGGAAAGUUCAGAUUUCUAAAUGAAAUGAUAAAGUUGGUGUCGCCCAAGUAUUUCGCCGACAGAACAGCGCCUGAAGUGAGGACUAGGGUUUUACAAUUACUCCAUGCAUGGUCUAUUGAAUACCCAAAGGAAUCAAAGUUUAAAGUGGCGUAUGACAUGUUGAAGAACCAAGGAGUGGUGAAGGAAACCCCUCCACCUUUACCACCUGAGGAUUCCCCCGCGCCGCCACCACGCCACAGAGCGAAAAGUGCUAUAUUUGAGGAUGAAGAAAGGUCUAAAUUACUCCAAAAACUGUUACAAAGUAAGAAACAAGAAGACCUGCAGCAUGCCAAUCGUCUCAUUAAGACUAUGGUUCGGGAAGAGGAGCGCCGCAGCGAGGCUAACAGCCGUCGCGCGCAUGAAGUAGGCGCGGCGUUGGACAGCGCGGGGCUGCUGAACGACAUGCUUUCAAAUGCAGCAAACGCAUCGCCCGAUGAAGAACAACUCAUAUGUGAACUGAACUCUACAUGCGCUAGGUUGAAACCAGUACUGCAACACCUGGCUGCCACUGAGUCUGACGAAAAUUUGAGUGAUAUUUUAUAUGCAAGUGACGUAUUAGAUGAAGUAUGUGCAAGGUACAAGGCCUUUGCAAUUGAAAGAAAGAAAAGAGGCAGAGUUUACCCUAACGCGCCUAAACCGGCAACCAACACCGAAAGCUUAUUAGAUUUUGCUGGAGCUAAUGUCAAUAAUGAGGAAGAAAAGGAAACAAAACAAGUAAAUCCUAAGAAAAACGCUCUAGAUGAGCUAGGAGAUAUAUUCUCUGCUGGCGCAGAUGCUAAUAUUGUAGAACCUCUAAAACCUGUUAAUGCUAUGCCAAAUGAUGAUGCUGAUCUUUUAGGAGAUAAAACAAAUAAAGUUGAAGGAUGGGUUGAAUUAGAUUCCCUUGGGGAACAACUUAUGAAACAAUCGCUACCAGAACAUGCCAAAAGAAUUGAUAAUUUUAAUAGUAAAACAGCCAAGAAAAUACCCAUGAAUGCUUUAGCAUCGCCAAAACACGAAGCGCAAUCUCAUAAUAACGGCGCAUUAUUAGACUUAGAUUUUUUCACACGAAAGGCCGAAGAAGACACAAGCCCAGUUCCUGUACCACAAACAUCCAAGACUCCACCACUCGACGACAUAAUUGUAGACAUAACCGAGGGGCCAGCGCAUUCCAACAGUAAUGAGUUUAAUAAUAAUGUUACUGAAAACAAUUUGAAUAAUAUAUUGGACUUAGAAGUAAGUAAUGCCAAAAGUGAAGUUACAAUGCCUGUUGAGAACAAAGACCCUGAGGUCACUGAAACGAAAGUAGAAGUUAAGGCUAAUAAGACUAAAGAUGUGAAGCCGUUAAAUGAUAUAAAUGUGUCUCUACAUAGCGUGCAGCCUAGUAAAGUGCCGCCACUCACUGCAUUUGAAGAGGAAGAUGGGGUUACAGUGGUGUUACAUUUCUGCAAGGAUAAACCAAGACCAGAUGUUAAUGUCAUAGUCAUAUCUACUACUAGUAAGAACAAAUCGCCCAUUGAAGAUUACAAGUUCCAAAGUGUUCUACCCAAGGGUUGCAAAGUGCGGUUACUGACACCCUCCGGCACGUCUCUGCCCGCAUAUAAUCCUUUCCUGCCGCCGCCAGCCCUGACGCAGGUGAUGCUGAUCGCUCGCCCGCCCACGCACACCGCCAUCAACCUAAAAUUCGUCAUCACGUACACCUGCGAUGAGGAAAUGUGCUCCGAGAUGGGGGAAGUCAAAGAGUUACCACUCGACGACAUAUAGUAUUACGGCCUCACAGCCGAAAUUAAUUAAUUCAUGAUCGACGCUUCAGCAGACGUAUUAUUUUACAUUUCUAUGUAUGUGGUAUAUGUAUGUCUGUAAAGGAGAUAUUUAGUAAAAUAUUGUAACUGUUCAGGUGUGGAUAAAUUUGUCCCACAUAUGUAACAUUUCUUUUUAGAAGAAAACUGGAGGAUUGGAAACACCAAUUAUAUUCAACGCAAGCAGACAGGUAUAUCAUUUUUACGUUGCGUACGUGGUCAAAUUUGUCCUUACUUUAAAUGGUUUAACUUACCCCAUAACCAAUGUACUAUUGCCUAAAUAUUGGUACUUAGAAAUUAAUGUACGGAUUUAUUUUUUCACCCAAACGGGACUCGAACAAGAGAUUGCUGAGUGUGAAUGAUUUUGCAAUUACUAAUCUGCCAGCUUAACAUUCCUAUUAGUAAGAGAAAUAUUUUGACAAAAUGAUUUUGUCUGUAGUUUAUAUAUAUGUGAUACUGAAGAUUAUUUAAAGAUUAUUAAAAUAUAGAUCCAGGGAAAUAGAAUACUCCCACAGAAUAUUUGCCUAUAAUAUAGUUUAUUAUGUUCUACACUAUUUUGGUUAUGAUAAGUUCAAAUUUCAAAUGCCUAACUAUAGAAUCCAUAGGAUCCGCCUUUAUUAUAUGAACGAGAGUGAGGGAUGCUUAUAGUUGUGAAUGGCUUACAUUCUAGUCGAAAUUUUAUGCAAAUAUAUCAGUUAUUUAUUUUGGUCUCGAUUUAUUCCAAAUACACAGAUGUAUAUCUUAUAUGCUGAAAUUGUAUGUAAAAUAUUUCAGUAGUAUUUUAUUAGUGAUUUAUUUUUAUUGAAUAACCCUAUUUUUAAGUUGUUCUUAGUCGAAAAAAAUUAUUGGUAUUAUUUGUGGACCUGAUGAUUUCAUAGAAGUUUUUACCGCUUUGGGCCGUGCAAUUAGAGAAAGGGUGUUUUGGAGCUCCGGAAAAAGUAUUUCACUUCAAUUUUUAAUUACAGUGAUACUAAAAAACAGACAUAAUAGUUUCUUUAUUAACAAAAUUCUACCUACAGUGAAUCACCCCCAAAUAUAAUGUUAUUAGAACACAAAUACUUAAAGAUAAUUUAUAGUAUUUACAUGUACUUAAUUCUGUGAAUAGAAUAACAUAAUAAUUAUUUAUUAACAAAAAGAUGACGAUUGUCAUUAUUAAAUCGCUGGUUGAUAUUUUAAAGCUUAUUAUUGAUAAUUUUAUUUUAUAAAUGAUUUAUUAUUUCCUCAUGAAAAAUCUGUCAAAGGAUUUUUUAAAAUAUUUUAUUAUAAGAUCAGAUCUGAAUAUUUAACCUGCGUUACGCGAACAUGACUACAAAACAAAUGCAUUUAGAAUUGUACAACAUUGUAUAGAUAAUAGUUAGCAUUAUAUCAUGCACAUAUGUAAAACUGUGCAAUAAAUAAGAGUGAACUUGA